AAAACUUUGAGGCUCCUUCGCAGCGCCCCUUAUGGUACGGACCGAAUAACUCAAUUCCACCUCAGCCAUUCAACACGUUUUGCCUUCAACUCCAACCCAACUCCACGACCAUCAUCACCAUGGCGCUCGCGCGACCCAACGGCGUGGUACGCCUGAUAUUCGCGGUGCUACUACUCUCAUCGUUUCUCCUGAUCAUCUACAACUUCUCGGCGAUCAGCUCGCGGAUGCCCAAGUCUCUCGAGGAUGUAACAGGACACUCCCGCUUCCAACGCCCGAGAAAGGGCGGAUCUCUCAAGGGCAUCGAUCCGCUCCUCCAGCCGGAGAUGGGCCCGCCGGGAAAGCUCUACGGGCCCGGAGAGGUCAACCGCACGUCCGCCACGCUCCUCUCGCUCGUCAGGAACUCGGAGCUCCAGGGAAUGCUACAGAGCAUGAGGGAUCUCGAGGAGACCUGGAAUCAUAAGUUCAAUUAUCCGUGGACCUUCAUCAACGAUGAGGAGUUCUCGAAGGAAUUCAAGGAGGCGACCGCGAAGGUGGCGAGUGGCGAGGUUCGAUACGAGAUCGUGCCGAAAGACCACUGGGAGAUCCCGUCGUGGAUCAACAACGACCUGAUGAAGGAGUCCGCCGACCUACUGACCGAAAACGGCGUGCAAUACGCGAAGAUGGGCUCGUACCACCAGAUGUGCCGCUGGAACUCGGGCAAAUUCUACCACCACCCAGCACUCAAGGACCUCCGCUGGUACUGGCGCGUCGAGCCGGGCGUGCACUUCUUCUGCGACGUGGACUACGACGUGUUCCGCUAUAUGGAGGACAACGACAAGCUCUACGGCUUCGUGAUCAACCUGUACGACUCGCCGGAGUCGAUCGAAACCCUCUGGCCGCAGACCCUCGAGUUCCUCGCCGAGCAUCCCGAGUAUAUCCAUCCCAACAGCGCCAUGAGUUGGCUUACCGACGCCAAGAACCGCCCCGAGCACAAUCGCAAGGCGAACGGGUACUCUACGUGCCACUUCUGGAGCAACUUCGAGAUCGGAGACAUGAACUUCUGGAGGUCCAAGCCGUACGAGGACUACUUUGAGCACUUGGACAGAGCCGGCGGGUUCUUCUACGAGCGCUGGGGCGACGCUCCGGUUCACAGCAUAGGACUCGGCUUGUUCGCGGAUAAGGACAAGAUCCAUUGGUUCCGCGACAUCGGCUACCAACACAUCCCGUACUUCAACUGUCCCAGCAGUCCUAAAUGCAAGAAGCGCUGCAAGCCGGGAAUGUUCACCGACGGCAGCUCGGAGCUGGACGAGGAGGACUGUCGCGCCAAUUGGUUCGAGAUGGCGCAUAUGAACUAGUCUCCUCCCCACUCCCCCACCACCCCCCCACCCCACAACACAAAAUUGGGUUCUUGUUUUGAUUAUAGGGUUGGAGUUUUUCUUCUUUCGUCUUUCUUUCUUUCUUUCUGUUUUGUUUCGUUCGUUUUCGCUUCGCUUUUGCGUCCGAUGCCACUUGUCUUGUCUCGUCUUGUAUAGUUCGUUUUUGGGAUUGAUUGCGUGCAUGCGUGCGGUGGGGGGG